UCCCCCGCACCAUCAACACCACCGCCACCACCACCACCACCACCACCACUGCCGCCACCACCACCGCAAACACAUACCUAUCACAUACUUCUCACUCAUUCACACACUCCCUUGACCUCUCUUCCUCUCCCGCUCCCACUCCCCACUUCCCACUCCCCACCCUUACCGUCCUUCCCCUCCACCACCGCAAACAACACCGCCACACCUGAAAAGCAGUCGGCCGCCCCGUCCCUCUGCUGGCCACAGUAUGGCUACACGCGAGGGCAUACUUGUGGGAGAGGCAGGGAGAAAGAAAAAGUUGGAUGCUAUCAUGGAUAUGGAUGCCGAUGAUAGACUCAAGGAGGCUAGGAGUAUGGCGCUGAGAAACUCCCGCAAGGUACAAUCUCUUCUUACUCAAGUUGAUCGUCUCAAGGAGAUCGAUCUGCAUGAGCGCGUCUUUGUCCGCGAAGGAGACCUGAUCAAGAUCGGGGACAACGGGCGCAAGGUGCAGGAACGCCGGUUCUAUUUGUUCGACAACGCGCUGGUGUGGGCAAAGCCCAACGUGCUCCGUCGCAAGUAUCAGUACACUGUCCGCAACGCCAUCUACAUGUGCGAUCUACUGGUAGCCGAUGGGGAGGACGACUCGCGCUACACAGAUCUCAUCCUCAUCACCAACGUCGCCAAUGGCAAAGAGUAUCGCCUCAUGGCCGACUCGCCCAACACAAAGCGCAAGUGGCUUCGCGAUCUGCGGUCGGUCAAGGCCCGCCGCCAUCCAGGCGUUGCCCUCAUCCAGUCCAUCUACCACUCGUCCAUCCGUCCCGAAGAGCUCCACGCCGGCGUCGCCCGCAUCAAUCCCGCCGUGCCUGAGAAACCGAUGCCGACGACCAGGCUGACACGCCGCCAACAUCCGAUGCUGACUCGGCCGACGCUGACUCGGCCGCUCCUCCGCACGACUCUAAUGCCGACAUGGGGCCUACUCGCCCCCCAUCGCUCGGCCAACCGCCACCCAAGCCGUCGCGGCGCCACAAGCCGUCCUCCCGCGAUAACGGCCUCCGUGCCCUCCGCGCUCGCCUUGAUCAGGGCGAGACAAGCGCAUCCGUUCCAGCGGAGCCUCUCUCUGCCGUCGAGCCGCGCAUCCCGCCGCCGCCGCCCGACGACUUUGACGAGCCGACCUCACUCGCCGCUCCGCCGCCGCUCACCCCGACUCCCGGCGAUUCGCCGCUCUCAGUCGCCUCGUACUAUCAUGGCUAUGAUGCCACUGCAGCUGCUUCCUCGCCGUUUGAUGACUCGGAUGACGACGACGAGUGGAGCGAGCUCCCCACUGCAGCCACCUCCUCGUCAGUAACGUUGCUGCAUGAUGACAUUGACGAGGUCGCCAACUCGAUCGUCGCCGCCAACACUGCCGCUGUCAAGGCCGCCCUCCACUCGCUCGCCGCUCUCAUCGACGCCCGCAUCGUCUCCCGUGCAGAGCUUCGUGACGAACUCCGUGACACUCUCGCCUCAUUGCAGGGCUUUGUCGCGGUUGUCGACGAUGAUCAGGGCGCUUUCAUCAAGCGCUUUGCCGCUCUUCUUGUCAAAUCAUGCAAGGAUGGCCUCGCCGCCCCGCCUGGCGACGACUCGGCCUGGGAGACCGCCCACCGCGUCAUCACCUCUACAAUAUCCCACAUUGCAUCCCUCACCGCCACUCCAUAACAAU